GGUCCCUGCGGGCGGCGGCGGCGGGUGCUCGGGGCCGGGCGGGGCGGCGGCGGCCGCGGCGGCGCGGGGACGCGCGCUGUCUCUUUAAGGGAGCUCGGUCGGGGUGGCGCUUUCCUCCGCCAAGGCUCCUUUGAUAUUAAUAGUGUUGGUGUCUUGAAACUGACGUAAUGCGCGGAGACUGAGGUCCUGACAAGCGAUAACAUUUCUGAUAAAGACCCGAUCUCACUGCAAUCUCAAGCGUCCUCUUUUUUGGUGCUGCUCGUUUCUCCAGAGCCCGCGUCCUCUCGACCGCUCUCUCGUCUUCCUAUUUUUUUUUUUUAAACAAAAAACAACACCCCCCCUCCCCUCUCCCACCCGGCACCGGGCACAUCCUCGCUCUAUCUCCUUUCUCUUUCUCUCGCUCUCGCUCUCCUUUUCUCAUAGGGGGGGGGAGGGAAGGGAAAGGGGGGGAGGCAGGAAAGACCUUUUUCUCCCCCCCCUCCCCCCCAAUCAUCCAAGAUCAACUCUGCGAACAACAGAGGACGGUUCAUGGCUCUGGCCGCCGCGCCACCAUCUUUCGGGCUGCCGAGGGUGCUCCCGACGAUCAAUCAACAGAUGUACAGAUCAGCUCUCAAAAUGUCUUCCAUGUCUUCCGAACGUCUUCUAAGACAAUUGCGUUAGCCUCCUGCUAGUUGACUAAUAGAAUUAAUAAUUGUAAAAAGCACUCUAAAGCCACAUGCCUUAUGAAGUCAAUGCUGGGUAUGAUUUUACAAAGUUCUGAUCUAUUAGACUCCAGUCGAGGAAUUUGUCACAGUCUUCUUAUUUUGACCCUGCCCACUGAUGCCACUAACUCGAAAGAUAUGGUCCGGAAAAAGAACCCCCCUCUGAGAAACGUUGCUAGUGAAGGCGAGGGCCAGACCCUGGAGCCUGUCGGUGCAGAAAGCAAGCUCUCUGGGAAGACCAACGAGUUGCCUGCAGAUCAGAUGUCAGAAAAUACGGAUCAGACUGAUGCUGCAGAACUAAACCACGAGGAGGAACGUAUCUUGCAUGUCCAAGAUCCAGCUUCUAGCAGGAAGAAGGACUUAAAAAGCUCUGUCCUGAGUGAGAAGGCUGGCUUCCAUUAUGAAAGCCCCAGUAAGGGAGGAAACCUUUCCUCCUACCCACAUGAUGAGGUGACAGAUAGAAAUAUGUUGGCUUUCUCAUCUCCAGCUGCUGGGGGAGUCUGUGAGCCCUUGAAGUCUCCUCAAAGAGCAGAUGCAGAUGACCCUCAAGAUAUGGCCUGCACCCCAUCAGGGGACUCACUGGAGACAAAGGAAGAUGAUAAGAUGUCACCAAAGGCUCCCGAGGAAACAGGGCAGAGCGGUCAAGGCUCAAGCCCGGUUUCAGUGGCCUCAAAAAACCCACAAGUGCCUUCAGAUGGGGGUGUAAGACUGAAUACAUCCAAAACUGACUUACUGGUGAAUGACAACCCAGAGCCGGCACCUCUGUCUCCAGAGCUUCAGGACUUUAAAUGCAAUAUCUGUGGCUAUGGUUACUAUGGCAACGACCCCACAGAUCUGAUUAAGCACUUCCGAAAGUAUCACUUAGGACUGCAUAACCGCACCAGGCAGGAUGCUGAGCUGGACAGCAAAAUCUUGGCCCUUCACAACAUGGUGCAGUUCAGCCAUUCCAAAGACUUCCAGAAGGUUAACCGUUCUGUGCUUUCUGGCGUGCUGCAGGACAUCAAUUCUUCAAGGCCCGUUUUACUAAAUGGAACUUAUGAUGUACAGGUCACUUCAGGUGGAACAUUCAUUGGCAUUGGACGGAAAACACCAGAUUGCCAAGGAAACACCAAGUACUUCCGCUGUAAAUUCUGCAAUUUCACCUAUAUGGGCAACUCAUCAACUGAACUAGAACAGCAUUUUCUUCAGACUCACCCGAACAAAAUAAAAGCUUCUCUCCCCUCCUCUGAGAGUGCAAAACCUUCAGAGAAAAACUCUAACAAAUCCAUCCCUGCACUUCGACCCAGUGAUUCUGGAGACUUGGGAAAGUGGCAGGACAAGAUUACGGUCAAGGCAGGAGAUGACACUCCUGUUGGCUACUCAGUGCCCAUCAAGCCCCUUGAUUCCUCAAGACAAAAUGGUACCGAGGCCACCAGUUACUACUGGUGUAAAUUUUGUAGUUUCAGCUGUGAGUCAUGUAGCUCCCUUAAACUGCUAGAACAUUAUGGCAAGCAGCAUGGAGGAGCGCAGUCAAGCGGCCUUAAUCCAGAAUUGAAUGAUAAGCUUUGCAGGGGCUCUGUCAUUAAUCAGAAUGAUCUAGCCAAGAGUACAGAAGGGGAACCGAUGGCCAAGGCAGACAAGGGCUCCAGUGGGGCUAAAAAGAAGGACUUCUCCAGCAAGGGAACUGAGGAUAAUAUGGUAACAAGCUACAAUUGUCAGUUCUGCGACUUUAGAUACUCCAAAAGCCAUGGCCCUGAUGUAAUUGUAGUGGGGCCACUUCUCCGUCAUUAUCAGCAACUCCAUAACAUUCAUAAAUGCACCAUCAAACACUGUCCAUUCUGUCCCAGAGGCCUUUGCAGCCCAGAAAAGCACCUUGGAGAAAUUACUUAUCCAUUUGCUUGUAGAAAAAGUAAUUGUUCCCACUGUGCGCUCUUGCUUUUGCACCUGUCUCCUGGGGCAGCUGGGAACUCGAGAGUCAAACAUCAGUGCCACCAGUGCUCGUUCUCCACCCCUGAUGUAGAUGUGCUCCUCUUUCACUAUGAGAGCAUGCAUGAGCCUCAAGCAUCGGAUGUCAAACAAGAAGCCAAUCACCUGCCAGGACUGGAUGGGCAGCAAGCUGUCAAGGAAAGCAAGGAACACUCAUGUACCAAGUGUGAUUUCAUUACCCAGGUGGAAGAGGAGAUUUCCCGACACUACAGGAGAGCACACAGCUGCUACAAAUGCCGUCAGUGCAGUUUUACAGCUGCCGAUACUCAGUCACUACUGGAGCACUUCAACACUGUUCACUGCCAGGAACAGGACGUCACUACAGCCAACGGCGAAGAGGACGGUCAUGCCGUGUCCACCAUCAAGGAGGAGCCCAAAAUUGACCUUAAGGUCUACAGUCUGCUCAAUCCAGACUCUAAAAUGGGAGAGCCAGUUUCCGAGAGUGUGGUGAAGAGGGAGAAGCUGGAAGAUAAGGACGGGCUCAAAGAGAAAGUUUGGACCGAGAGUUCAAGUGAUGACCUUCGAAACAUGGCUUGGAGAGGGGCAGACAUCCUGCGGGGCAGUCCUUCAUAUACUCAGGCGAGCCUGGGGCUUCUGACGCCUGUGUCCGGCACCCAGGAGCCGGUGAAGGCUCUAAGGGAUAGCCCCAAUGUAGAAGCUGCCCAUCUGGCGCGACCUAUUUAUGGCUUGGCUGUGGAGACCAAGGGAUUCCUGCAGGGGGUGCCAGCCGGUGGAGAGAAGUCCGGGGCCCUCGCCCAGCAGUAUCCUGCACCCGGAGAAAACAAGUCCAAGGAUGAAUCCCAGUCCCUGUUACGGAGGCGUAGAGGCUCGGGUGUUUUUUGUGCCAAUUGCUUGACCACAAAGACCUCUCUCUGGCGAAAGAAUGCAAAUGGCGGAUAUGUAUGCAAUGCGUGUGGCCUCUACCAGAAGCUUCACUCGACUCCCAGGCCUUUGAACAUCAUUAAACAAAACAACGGUGAGCAGAUUAUUAGGAGAAGAACAAGAAAGCGCCUUAACCCAGAGGCACUUCAGGCUGAGCAGCUCAGCAAACAACAGAGGGGUGGCAGUGAGGAGCAGGUCAACGGAAGCCCCUUAGAGAGGAGGUCGGAAGAUCAUUUAACCGAAAGUCACCAGAGAGAAAUUCCACUCCCCAGCCUGAGUAAAUAUGAAGCCCAGGGUUCAUUGACUAAAAGCCAUCCUGCUCAGCAGCCAGUACUGGUCAGCCAAACUCUGGAUAUUCACAAAAGGAUGCAACCUUUGCACAUUCAGAUAAAAAGUCCUCAGGAAAGUACUGGAGACCCAGGAAAUAGUUCCUCUGUAUCUGAAGGGAAAGGAAGUUCCGAGAGAGGCAGUCCCAUAGAAAAGUACAUGAGACCCGCGAAACACCCAAAUUAUUCACCACCAGGCAGCCCCAUUGAAAAGUACCAGUACCCCCUUUUCGGACUUCCCUUUGUACAUAAUGACUUCCAGAGUGAAGCUGAUUGGCUGCGGUUCUGGAGUAAAUAUAAGCUCUCCGUUCCUGGGAAUCCGCACUACUUGAGUCAUGUGCCUGGCCUACCAAAUCCUUGCCAAAACUAUGUGCCUUAUCCCACCUUCAGUCUGCCUCCUCGUUUCUCAGCUGUUGGAUCAGACAAUGACAUUCCUCUAGAUUUGGCGAUCAAGCAUUCCAGACCUGGGCCAACUGCAAAUGGUGCCUCCAAGGAGAAAACGAAGGCACCCUCAAAUGUAAAAAAUGAAGGUCCCUUGAAUGUAGUAAAAUCAGAGAAAGUUGAUAGAAGUACUCAAGAUGAACUUUCCACAAAAUGUGUGCACUGUGGCAUUGUCUUUCUGGAUGAAGUGAUGUAUGCUUUGCAUAUGAGUUGCCAUGGUGACAGUGGGCCUUUCCAGUGCAGCAUAUGCCAGCAUCUUUGCACGGACAAAUAUGACUUCACAACUCAUAUCCAGAGGGGCCUGCAUAGGAACAAUGCACAAGCGGAAAAAAAUGGAAAACCUAAAGAGUAAAACCAUAGCACUUAGCACAAUUAAAUAGAAAUAGGUUUUCUUGAUGGGAAUUCAAUAGCUUGUAAUGUCUUAUGAAGACCUAUUAAAAAUAUUACUUCAUAGAGCCUGCCUUAUCCAACAUGAAAUUCCCUUCUUUUAUUCUUUCUUUUAAUGAGUAGGUUACCAAGAUUAAAAAGUGAGACAAAUGGUCAGUGAGAAAAAAAUGGAAGAUGGUAAAUAGUCAUGUUUUAGAACCUAUUAAGUCAAAGCCAUCUUCACAAACGUAUAUGGUGGAAACCAUCCGUAAGAAGUAUCACCAGACUACAAUUACUAUGUUUGUAAAGAAAGAGAUCAAAGCUGUCUAGAAUUGGGUAGGGUUUACAUGUCAUGAUGCUAAAGCAGUAUUGGGCUGCCCAUUGGCCAUUUGUUCAAAAAACCUAUAAACUGUUUGUUGCCUAAAUUUAGAAGACUCGUGAAAUGCUAGGCAGACGAGAAACCCGAUCUCCAGGGCAGGAAAGGAAAAUGGCGCCCUCUUACAUCCUUCUCUUCUCAUUGACCAUGUUUCAGAUUUAGACCUAGAAAUGUGAGCUGUGGUUAGACUUGGUGAGAGAGCAGCCAGAAAAGUGACAGAUGGUGACACAGUGAUUUUGGCCAGCCCUGCCUGUACAUACACAUGCACGCCCUCUCUGGUAUUUUUGUCCUUUAGAUGUUCGAAUAGUCUUUUCAAAAGUAGUCCUUUUGUUUGCAACUUAGGUUCAUUUUGUCCAAAUAUAUAUGCAUUUUUAAAAACAGUGUCCUCAAUGCUUACAUAGUAAUUUUAUUUUAGCCAGAUCCUUCUUUCUUGUAUGUAAUGGACCAGUUUGGAUUUGUUUUUCACGCCUCCUCUUGGUCACUAAUCUCAGUUGGCACAUUAGAUCGAAAGGGAUCCCCUCAGUUCAAAAGAUUAGAUGGAUACAAAUGUUCAGAUCAUGGGCUUAAUUUGCUUAUAGAACACACGGUAUUUCUCCACAAGGUAACCUGCUGUAUUUAUUUAUUUUCUUUCGGUUAAAUAUAAUUUCCAAACUUUGUGGUCAGGCAGCGUCUAAAGUUACGUUACCACAGACUGACAGUUGGUAUAUUGUAUGUACCAGUCAAUCCCUUCAUUAGAUUUAUACAGGUUUAGUUAAGUAGCAUUAAAUAGGAUUCUUAGAAGUAUGUCUUCAUAGUACUUUUAAUACUUACGGCUUUGUAAAACUAUCCAUGAAGGGAAAGCUCCUCAGCAUAACUGCUCAGGGAAAUAGGGCUAAAUAACUGAACAUUAAAUAAUUGGUUAAAGGUGCUGUUAGUCGAGCCUCAAUGCUUGCUACAAGGAUGUAUGUACAAGGACUGACUUUAAUAAUUUGCAUUAUAUUGUCCCAACCAGUAGUUUAUUUUUUGCCACGGAGAUGUAGAAGAUAUUACAAGCUACUGGAUGCACUGUCAGAUUAACUUAUUUCAUUAAAGAAGUUGGGAGAACAAAUAGGAAAAAAAAACUUAUUUUUCUAGUAAAUAUUAAUGUAUUACAUUUCAAAUAAUGGUGCCUGACAUAUUGAAUAAUUAUUUUCUACAGUGUACGUAUGCAACAAAGAUAUUCCAUCAUGCAUUAGAGUCAGUUCUGGCUCUGCCUAGCUGUUUACAUUUGCAAAUGUAGCAAACAAGGUAAUGAAGCAACUAUUUCUAUUGCAGUAGAUAUCUUUUUGUGUGUGUGUGCGCGUGCGUGUGUGUGUGUGCGUGCGUGUGCAUUAAAGUUGGAAACGUGAAACAAAUGAAAGUUCUUGAUAUAAUGGUAUGGAAAACAAGAAGGAAAUGAAAAUAUUUUUAUGCCUACUUAGGAAAAAAAGGGUAGCACUAUUCAUUCCAAGUACUUUUUUUUUAAUUUUUAAGCUCUUAACUCACAUUGUUAUGCUUAAAAUGAUAAACAUAUAUCCUCUUUUUAUUGCUUUGUGUUUCAGAUGAAACAUUUCAGAAAUUAUUUUGAUAAGUGCUGCUGGGAUUGCAGCACUGAUGUUUUUAUUGCAUUCUGUAGUCGCAUUUGCACUCCAUUUUUACAUUAACUUACAGUUGGUUUGUAUCGUUUUUGUUCCGUUUGGGUUUUGUUUCUUUUCCACAGUGCCAGGUCUUCGUUUCUUAAAGUUGGAUGGCAGGUAGAGUUCAACCAGUUCAUGACAAUUGUAGUGAAUGAAGUUUAAAAAUGUUCUUCUGAUGUUGUGUUGUCAUUUCCAUUCUUGCAUUUUCGUUUUCAUGUAAAAAAAAAUUCAUUUUCAUGUUAAAAAACAGAGACAGACAUAGAGAGAAAUCAGGACUAAGCCUUCAGCUUCAGUUUCGUUUCUAAAGGGCCCUAUUCUGAUCUCACCUGUCCGGUAGCUCAAAUAUUUUCAUAAACUGAAAUAAAGAAGUGGAAUGAGGAGCUUUGACCUUCAAACUAUGUGAUGUGAUUUAUCUUUAUUAGGAAUUUUGAUGAAUGCAUCUCAAAAUGUACAGGCAGACUUGAGAGGUGGCAAUUAAGAAUCUAUAAAAGAAAGGAGAUUUCCCAAACAACUAAACAGUAUUUAAUUUUCUUAGUAAAAAGACUAGUAACAGUGCACUGUGGCAAUCCUCAAGCAACAUUAAAUGUGGACUGCUCAAAUCAUCAAAAUACCAGAAGUUUGAUUAACUUGGGCAAUAUUACAGGUAUGACUUUUUGGGCAAAACUACUCCAUAAGCAAUUUCUCCAUUGUGUCAAACACCAAUAGGUUGUUCACUUCUGGCAUGUAUGCCUUUAUUUUCUUUUAUCUGAUUUUUUUUUCACAGACAUAGUAGUAAUGAUUAGCAUUGGAAAAUACAUAUCACUAUUCUUGGAAUAUUUAUGAUCAGUCUACUUUCAGUAGAAUAUUCUUGGUUAGCAUUGACAUGAUAGAUCUUAUUCCGUAUUCCUUUAUUAUUAUUUUAUUUUCAUUUUUGUUUUCAUUAUUAUACAUAUUUUGAUGGAGGAGAGGUUGGGCUUUUUUUAAAAGAUGAAAAUUUGUUAUAACACUAAACAACCCCUUAUUUUAUGACUUAUGAAAGCUUUUGUUCUAGCUCUCAAAAUAUAAAAAUGGUUGGUUUUUAUUUUUAUUAUUUGGUUUUAAGAUUUCUAAGACAUUUUGUCUUAAACUGUGAUUUUUAAAUGAGCUAUUUAGGUACUUAACCUUUUAUGAGGUCUUUAAAGAUGAUUUAGGUUUUUCCCUUCUUGGGAAAGUCUUCCCUUAUGUUGAAAACUGUAUGCCAGCUAGCAAUGUAUGCCAUUUAAAAGCUGUCUUUUUAAAAGUCUUCUAAAAUUACUUGUCUAUAUCAUGAAUUGAGCUUUAGAUCAAACGCCAGGCCAGGACCAGCUUACACAUUCGCAUUCUCAGCUUUCUCACCCUCUUUCUAUUCAUCUCUCACCGCAUUCAUACUGUUGUUUGGGAUAGACACUUCAUAAAGAGCCAGCCCACCUUGGAAGGUUGUGGAUUGAGAGACACUAAGUAUAUGAGAAAAGGACGGGACUCUCAAUGUUAACACAUUAACUUUGUAGUUCAAGAGGAAUAGAGUGUGCCCAUUCUUUCUACAUGACAUAUUGAGAUGUUCUUUUAAAAAAAAUCAGCUUUUAAGGUAGUGAUGUUUUGUUCUAAACUGUUCUCUUUUAAUAAAGGUAGAUUUUAGAAAACAAGCAUGGGGGAUUCUUUUCUAAGGUAAUUACUAAUGAGAAGAAGAAAGCGAUUAUGUUUAACAGCUCUUUGUUGAAGCCUGUGGUAGCACAUUGAUUGCACAUGUGCACAUAAUCUAUUAUGAUCCGGUGCAAAUACAGCUCCAAAAAUAUUAAAUGUAUAUAUAUUUUAAAAUGCCUGAGGAUAUAUGUUUUUCUUAAUAAAUUGAUAUCGAUACUGCUAUUAAAAUCAUUAUUAGCCUCCUGCUGUGUGGAUGCAGAAUAUCAGAAGGUGACCUGUCUUGAAUCCUUGGAACUGCCUGCCUGUUCAGUCAGUGAACAUUAAUACAAUCCUAGAGGGGAAGUACAUGUCAUCCUGCUGUGGAAGCGUGGAGUCAAGAAGCUGGUGGUCAGCUCUCCUGUGCUCUGUGCCAGCCUUUUGCCCAAAGUUUACAUGACCUCACAGCUUCCUGUCUUUGAGUUAAGGGCCACAGCAAAAGAAACCCAAGUCAUCUUUGGUGAUCAAGUAGGUCAAAACUUGGUGACUGUCCUAGAUCACAGGAGAACAUGGAGGAACUGAAAUUCGACCCGAAUAUGAAACUAAAUAUGCUAACCAAAGGUAGGUACUAGUAGGUGGAAUUCUAUCAUCAGGCAAUUGUAAAUGAGAAGAGGAUAGAAAAACAUGCUUCGGGACUUGGAAGGGCUGUGUUAUUUUCCCAAAGAAAGACUUGGCCAAGGGCAAAGGGGAUGGCUUCUUUGAAGAACACUUCCUUUUGGUUUUCCAUCACUGUUUCAUAGACAGCGGACUCACACGUUGCUGAUAGUGGUGCAGUUGUUCAGAUAGCACUUGUGGCUAUUUGCAGUAAUUAGGGCCUCGGAAGAUGCUAGGUCACAAGUGUGUGUCAAGUCAGGGAUGAAGGAAAUGUGAAAUUCAACCCAGACAUGGAAACUGAAUGACGUGCGCUCAUGUGUCACUCUUUGGAAAGUAAAGGUAGAGCUGUCAGCUCCACUCCAUCCUACAGCAGAGUAAAGCGAGGGUGGCUGUACAUGGAAGUGAGGUUUACCCUUCAUCAGAGGAAAUGGUCCUUCAAAACUGGUUCCUGAUUUCACCCCUGGUUAAUUUUCAUUAUGUGACCUGCAGCGAAUCACUUUUUCUUCUUGUUCCUCAGGUUCCUCACCUGUAAAAUGGAAAAAAAUAUAUUAAUAAUAAUAAUAAUAUUAAUAAUAAUAAUGGUAAUGUAGUACUUAUUUGUAAAGCACUUUGAGAUCCUUGGUUGAAAGGCACUGUGGGAGUGCCAAGUAUUAUUUUAUGGCCAAGGGGCUUAUUUAAACUCUCAGUUCCCAAGGGCCAGGAGAGGUUGGGGUCAUUUUUGUUAAGGAUGAGCUGUAAAUAUCAUAUCCAGAAAGCCUAUAGUGUUGACUCUAAGAAGCAAAACUUUCACAAGGCUGAUAAAAACCAUAGUUUCUUAAUGGCUACCAACAGGCAAAUACCACAAUAAGAGAUGCCAAAUUCCUUUGGGUAGACUAUUUGACAACAUGGAUAAUUUUGGUGGGUGGGAUGAGGGUGGGAAACAUCUCAAAAUGCCAAUGUAAAAUUAACUUACAGCAAUAUUCACCAGCAGAAAAUGUCUUUCGUAUGGAAUGAUUUCAUGUCGCUAAGAAAAAAAAUUCAAUUUGUAGUCCUGAUUGAAUAUUAGAAUGUUGGCUAUAAUAGUUCUGUUCUUACAACACAUGGAAUUUUUUUUCGUUUUAUUUAAUUUUGUUUUCAUAGUGCAUGUUCAUUUCUACUCACAAACAUGUUCUUGGUGUAUUUCUUAUGCAAACAAUCUUCAGGCAGCAAAGAUGUCUGUUACAUCUAAACUUGAAUAAUAAAGUUUUACCACCAGUUAUA